CUUCUUCUUCUUCUUCUUUGUGCCAAAGUCACUCGCUGAGUCUGAGUCUGGGAGCAGAAAACAAACCACAACCUUUAUAUUUAUAUUUAUAUAUCUUUAUAUUUUGGAUUAUUCUGUUUCUAUUUCCAUUGAAAAUGUCCAUCAGCAGGAAGAACUGGUCUGCUUUGUCCAGUCUGGCGCGACAGUGGACGAUGGAGGACGAGGAGGAGGUGGAGAGGGAGGAGAGGAGGCGGAGGAGGGGCAAGAGCUCCAGCAGCACCGCUGACCCAGAUGCAACGACAGACGCGGCCACUGGGGGCAUCACGAGUGGCGGGGACACGCGCACCAGCGGGAGCCCCGCGGGGACCGAGACGUCCCAGGGCCUCAGCAGUGAGGAGCAGAUGCAGCUGGACUUCGUGGAGAUGCUACGAGUGCGGGAUGAAAAGCGGAGGCUGAGACACGUGGAGACGCUGAGACGACAGAAGCAGGAGGAGGAGGAGGAGGAGGAGGCUGACGGGGAGGUCGUGGUAGGGGGUGUGGCCAGGAAUAUGGGCGAGGAGGAGGAGGACUCCGUGUUUCCAUCUGUGAAGACCACGCACAAACAACCGCCACAGAAAACCUCUGCCUCUCGCAACAGCAGCGCCGUCACUGACGUCACAAACAGACAAGAAAAUGGUGAGUCGCGGAGGAAAGAGUCUGAUCCCAGACCAGCGUCCAGCCCAGUGUCCAGCCUGGUGUCCAGCCCAGUGUCCAGUCCAGUGUCCAGACCGGCUCGCAAGUUUGUCAGCUCCGUGUCCAUCUCCCUGGACAAGAGUCCCUCCAUCAGCGGGCGCUCCACUCCCAUGAGCCCUCGCUCCCCGACCGCCCCCAUGUCGCCACGGGAACACUGCUCCUCGCCCUGUCAGAGUCCACCUCCUGGAGGAGCUCAGAGCCCGGUUCAGAAUGGACACACACAAGAGACUGGCAGAAACGUCUCUUUGUCCAACGGCGGCGCUGAACAGACAAGCAGACCGGGUCUGGUACGACAGAGCUCCAGAACUGUGUCGUUCAGGAUGAUGAGGAAGAAAGAAGAAGAGACGUCUCCUCUGCACAGGAGUGCGAGUGUGAGAGUGGCCACGAAGAAGUUUGAAACCAACACAGACCAAAAUGAAGAUGAAGAAAAAACAUCGUCUUUCACCAGAAACUCCAGACAGAGAAUUUCCUCUCGCUCCAUCCAGGAGAAAAUGGAGAGACUGGCUCAGGCUGCACAGAAAUCAGAAACCACUCGCUGUGCAGACGUGUCACAGAGGACGUUGUUCCUGCUGGAGGAAGUUUCCAGGAAGAGAGGAAUCUUUGAGAAGGACGAGCAGAAAGAGACGAGCAGCAGCAGCAGCAGCAGCAGCAGCAGACAGGAUUUCCGGAGCCUCAGAUCAGGAAUGUCGGACCGGAUCAACCGCUGGAUCAACAAGAGCAACCAGAGCGGACCUGCACACGGUCCAACUGCAGACCUGAGACAUGUGGACAUCAGCAGUAAAAGGAGCAUGUUCGAGAACAGAGGACAAAAUGGCGGCGGAGACGUCUCCAAAACUGUCAACAUUUACAAGUGAAGGACGUGAAAAGAUUUAAGAAGUCGUCGUAACAAAGGCGGUUCACGAACUUCGCAGCUGACGGAUUUUUCUUCUUUCAAGCUUCAUAUGGUUUUUCUUCUUCUUCACUGCCAAGACAAACAUGACGAGAGAGAAGUGGGCGGAGCUGAAAUGGAAGUGGGCGGAGCUGAUGCUUUAAAGGAACUUAAACUAAGGAAAUUCUGAUGUAAUUUCCACAUUUUUCUCAUAUAAAUUUGACUUGUUCCUCAAACAGAAUCAGAGAAAACAGAUGUUUGUUUUUAAACGUUUAACUUUUAAUUUCAUGCACUUUACAGAGGUGAAGGUUUGUUUGAAGCUGACGAUGAAUUCAGGAUUUUAAUUAUACUUCAUUUUGUUCUAAUCUGCCAAAAAUUCACUGUUUAUUUUUCCGUGUGUUUGUGUGACGCUGCCUCUGUGAGCAAAUAAAUAUUUUACUACA